AUCUACGAUUUUUACGUACACUCAUGUUACGCACAUGACGGCACGAACACGGCAGACGCCAGCAUCAACAUCAUUGAUAGCAACGGAUGUGCUGUUCGGUUGAGCCGGGCUGUGGACGUCCCUGCCUUCACUACAGAGCCUAUCAACCACGGUCCCAAGCAUGUCUAUCUCCAUAUUUUACCUCUUCACAAUUCGUUCACUUUGAAUGUCAAGUCAAACCAUGCGUGCACUCAUGUCGCAGACAGGUUCGACUUCCAUCACUUGUUGGGUUUUUUCCAACCCAGAAGGAACUCAGAGAGCUCAAAUCUGUUUCAGCAAUGUGAACCUGAUGCUGGUAAAGCGCCUCUGAUCCCGGCACUUCGUCGAAGGCGAGAGGAAGUGGAAAAGAAUGCCACUCUUACGACGCUCAGGAUGCAAACCGUUCUUGAGAUCGAACCCCAGCAAGUUCAACGAGCAGCACUCAUCAGCCAUCCGGUAACUCCCGACCAUUGUGUGAGCUUGAAUGAGGUGGUCUUCGCAGGCCUUCUACUAUUGGGCGCCAUCGUGUCUCUGGUGGCGCUCUCUUGCUUCAUGUGCUCACCUACAAAACGGCCGUUGCCUCGGGAAGAACCCGCGUACAGCGUCUCACAAGUCUUCCGACGAAUUCCAAUAAAGAAAAAGACAGAACCUUUUCCAACAUUCAUGAAGUGGAAUAAAGGAAAGGAAGAUCGAGAGGAAUCACGACAUGAAAAGGAAUAUUCUACUGUAUUCGUAAAAUUUAAGAGACUGGAGGAACGCAAAGGAGCCAACCACUUGGUUCAAGACACUCGG